AAUUCGUAUUGUCACUUAUUCUAAGAGGCUAAGUGAGCGUGUUAAUGGCAGAAGUCACGUGUGAACAAGUCACAUCAAAACAAUGGCUCAAUACAGACAUAAAAACAAAUGUAACGGAGUCUAUUUCCCAUUCAUCGCCUACAGAUUUAAAUUUUUUUUUCAAUUGUAGGACUGACAAAUUAAAGGUUUAAAAAAAUCUGGAUUUUCUAUAUAAGCAACAGCAAAAUGUUUUUAUUUGUUUUCAGAAUUCAUUUUACCCACAAGUCAAGUGUACAGCAAGCAUCAAGCGGGUCUUAGCCUCCUUCAAAGACAAGUGAAAUAAAUCCUUGACAUAAUAUAGACCAAUCAGAGUGUGGUGUCUGGGCCUGUGCUGAGAACUUAAAGCACCAAAGCUAAAGAGAUUUCCUUUUGAAACUUUUCCUGGAAUAUUACAGAAAAAAAAGAUGUUUCUCAAGAACAUUCAGAAUUAUUUCAAGGUUCUGUGGCACUGUUUUAUAAGGCAUCUGUGGCCAGCAUGUCACUUACUGAAGAGAAUCAAAAAGGUAUGUCUACUGCCUAUUUCAGCUACAUUUCAAACUAAUAAGUAUACUACCGGUGCUCACGAGAUUCAUGUUUAUGAAGGCGAAGAAGCUGACCUACAUCAAGAAAAAGUUGAUUGUCAAAAAAACCCAGACCACAAAAAUUUUAUACCCAUUGAUCAAUUCACCAUGCUGCAUUUGCCGGAAGGUCAUCGUGAUCAGGAUCUGUACGAGCUUAUCCGAGCUGUGGCAGACAUAGCGGUCAAGGUCGACGUGAAAAUGGUCAGCCCAAACCGACCUAAGUUGUGGCCGAACAAAAAACAUAAUUACCCUUUCUACGACUUCCGGGAGAGAACUGUCCCGAGAAGCGGGACGGGGGAGGUGGAUAAAGUGAUCAAAUUCAUAGGAGGGAAAGGGUUUGACCACAACGGUGCAAAACUCCAGCGGGACACGGCAUCUUGUCCUUGCGAAAAAUGUCGAGACUCGGACGUACCCAGCACAGAGUGGUGGGAGAUUCACGUGGACACAGCGGCGCACGUGGUUUACGAUGAGCUGGAAGCAAGACACGCUUCCUGCAGACUGUUCUACAACACGAAACAGAGUCCCAAGGUGACAUUUGACAAGUGUAGCAUUCACUACAGCAACGUAGAAGGCGAUUGGUGCGUUCUCAGCCACGUGACUUGCAACCAGAAAGUCGGCAGCAAGAUGCACCGGAAGUUUUUGCGGUGGGUCCAGCUGAGAGACAAGGUGUACAACGCUAGCAGAUCGUGGGGCAACCUGGCCUUCAUCGUGUCCCACCCUCACGGCUGCCCCAAGCAGGUCAGCAUCGGCAGUUGGACGGACAACAAAGAGGUGAGCUCUUACAAGGAGUACAUCCUAAGUACUCUGACGUACACCACCGGCACCUGCCAGGGCAGUAGUGGGGCCACGAUCCACUGCGUUGGACACUUUUGGGACCAUCUCCACAGCGGAACCUAUCACCCGGGACCUAAUUACAGCGGUACCGGCUUGGAACUAAGAAUCUAAAGAGUGUGAUUGAUGAUGCUCGAAAACACACUGAUGUUCACAGCAAGUGCAAGUCUUCUGAUCCAAACGUCCCUACUGGUUCAGUCACAGUUCAGUGCUUUUGUGUCCACGGCUGCCGCUUACAAGUGAAAUGUGUGGCGAUCACAAUGAACUUCCAUUCCCUCUUCUUCCGUUGGAGACGGUGUACGAGGGUGUCAAGUGGCCAGCACAACGACCAACCGUCUUUACUUUCCCAAACUAACGUCAGGUAGCCAUUGGAGCUGGGUGGACUCAGUGACGUCCCAAAAUCCUGAAGCUCAAAAUCUCAGUCUUCACCCUGAUUCGAACCCGGGACCCGUAGGUUCGAAAACCACACGCUUUGCCAUAGAUAACCUUUACACUAUCUAACGGUCCAACAUUGUAAAUGAUACGGUCUGAAAUGAAUACUUUAUUAAUUUACUUCAAUCGUCUUCAAAGCACGAAAAUAAACGAGACAAAAAACACAACUAGGUUUCAUAAAUUUUAGGUUCAAAAGUCAAGCAUCAUAUUAUUAUGUCAGUACCGUAACAUCCUAAUUAGAUGUUCAGAUAAAUAGAGAUGUAUAGAUAAGCUGAAUGUGUUCAUAAAAUGGAGGCAAGUCUAUAAAUAGAAUGCAUUUAGGUAUAUUCGGUGUACAGAAAAAGGAAUAACAGUAAUUGUAAACUAUAGAUUUUCAUACUGUAAAUAAUCCGUAAUAUAAAGAUCUCCUAAUACAGAUUGAUCUGUAUUUGAAAUAUGUAUGUUUUAGAUACAAAGCUUUAUAUUUUUCACCA